GACCAUCCAAGGGCAGUGUUAGAGGGCACCUGAGAACGCAGGAGGGGUGUUCCCCGGCAGCCUGUUUCUUUCUCCUAUGGGCAGCCCUUCUACAGGAAGCAGAAGCCUCAGGGGAGAUGCUGGAAGUGAGGAGAAGGGGAUGGAGCUGAGGUAGCAGGGGAGGGGUUGGAAGAUCAGAGGGGAGGGUCUUGCUUUGUUCCCCACCCAAUAACAAGCAGGUUUCAGGUUGGGGUGAACUACUGGGGAGCAGCACCCUGGGCUCCUCUCAGAUGGAGGAGGGACAGGCCACCCAGGGUGAAGGAAGUAGGAGGGACAGGCCACCCAGGGUGAAGGAAGUUGUGAGCUCUGUUAGAGGAAAACAGCCAGGACUUAGUUAGGAGAGGCUUUGUUUGGAAGGAUUGUUGUAAGGCAGGGAAAGGGAUGAUGGAAGCAAGAGGAUCCCAUGACCGUACGUCUGCAAGCGCUUCAAAUAGAAAAGGCCCUUCUUUUAUCCAGUAAGGAGAAGCCACUGGGGCCAGCAGGGUCUUUGGAGGAGACCCUGUACAAGCCCAGGAAAAUGGCCAGUGGGGAUGAGCAGAACACAGGUCCUGCUGUGUCCAGCUGGCUCCCCAGAGAGAUGACAAGAGGUGCACUCCAGCUUCUCAGGCUCGCUCAGGCUUGGGGACGUGGAGCUCAGGGCUCUGCAGGAAGGAGAGACCCGGAUAAGGUGUGGUCAAGACAGAGCAGAUCUGGGCAGCAGUCAGUGGGGCCUUGUGGGCAGCCUGGGGUGGGGAGGCACAGUGCACCGGGAGGUGGAGAAAGUGUGAGUCCAUCAGCCUGGCUGCGAAUUGAUCAUGAACCUCUAGUCUGUAAAACUUUUGUUAUUUCCUGAGAUGUGGUUCUCAACAACCCAGGUGUGAACAACCUUAUGAUUCUAGGGUUCUUUUCUAUUGUUUUAAUCACUUGCAUCUAAAAAUAAAUUUCUGAGUGACUUGUUGUCAGCUGUUUUUCUUGAUAUGUCUAAUGAUGGGGCAGUGACUCCCACUGUCACCCAGAGAUUAUGUCUCUGUGCCACAUGAAGAUUAGGUGCCCCGCUUUUGAUUGAGGGGCUCAUCUUGGUCUCAAAGUAUCCGGUAAUAAUAGCUGAUAUGCACGGACAGCCACCUCUCCUCCAGGCGCUGUUCCUGGGCUUCCGUGGAUGGAUCUGGCUAUUUCUCGGAACCUUCUGAGGUUAGAGCUGUCAUGGUCUUUCUUCUAAAAGAGGAAACCGAGGCUUGCUGGGGCUCAGUGGCCCUUCUGUGGCUGCACAGCUUUCAGGGUGGAGCCAGUACUGACUGACUCCAAACAAAAGUGCUCCCGACCCAGCUCUUUAACUCACAUGGCCUCUUCCAAGCAUUCCCGAAUAUUCCCAGUCGGCUUGCAGACACUCCUUGCUCCCAGGAGAUAGUCGGGUAAAGGAGUAUGAAAGUUUGGUUACAAACUCAUUGCUGCAAAUUGAAAACCAACACAAAGGCUGUCUUCCUCUGGGGAGCUACAAUGCCUCCCACUUUCUCACCACUUUACCAUUGGUAGGGCUUUGAUUUCAGGGAUCCUACGAUUACUCAAUACCCUACAGGAUAUACAUGGUUAACCAUUUGCAUUUGGCAAAUAGGCGUUACUUUUCAAUAGGAAGUGGCGAUCCAGAACUUGCUUUUGGGCAAUUCUAGUAGCUCACAGCUUUUUUCUUAAUGACCGCUAGAAGCUGCAUCUUGUUGACAGAUGGUCAUCACGUUGGGGACCUGGAAUCAUCAGAUUGUGAGGCUCGGAGUGAGGCUGAAGGGAGUGGAUCAGAGUACUGCCUGAGAGUCACUUCCACUUUCCUGCUACCACUGCCUGUGAGCUGAAGGGGCUGCACCAUACCCUCCUUUUUCUACAUCCAGCCUGCAUGUUUUUGCCCACAAUGAGCGGGGAAUCAAUGAAUUUCAGCGAUGUUUUCGACUCCAGUGAAGAUUAUUUUGCGUCAGUCAAUACUUCCUAUUACACAGUUGAUUCUGAAAUGUUACUGUGCACCUUGCACGAGGUCAGGCAGUUCUCCAGGCUGUUUGUACCGAUCGCCUACUCCUUGAUCUGUGUCUUUGGCCUCCUGGGGAAUAUUCUGGUGGUGAUCACUUUUGCUUUUUAUAAGAAGGCCAGGUCUAUGACAGACGUCUAUCUCCUGAACAUGGCCAUUGCAGACAUCCUCUUUGUUCUUACUCUCCCAUUCUGGGCAGUGAGUCACGCCACCGGUGCGUGGGUUUUCAGCAAUGCCAUGUGCAAGUUGAUGAAAGGCAUCUAUGCCAUCAACUUUAACUGCGGGAUGCUGCUCCUGACUUGCAUUAGCAUGGACCGGUACAUCGCCAUCGUACAGGCAACGAAGUCGUUCCGGCUCCGAUACAGAACGCUGCUGCGCAGCAAAGUCAUCUGCCUUAUUGUGUGGGGAGUGUCAGUCGUCAUCUCCAGCUCAACUUUUAUCUUCAACCAGAAAUACAACAUCCAAGGCAGCGAUGUCUGUGAGCCCAAGUACCAGACCGUCUCGGAGCCCAUCAAGUGGAAGCUGCUGAUGUUGGGGCUUGAGCUACUCUUUGGUUUCUUUAUCCCUUUGAUGUUCAUGAUAUUUUGUUACAUGUUCAUUGUCAAAACCUUGGUGCAAGCUCAGAAUUCUAAAAGGCACAAAGCCAUCCGUGUAAUCAUAGCCGUGGUGCUUGUGUUUCUGGCUUGUCAGAUUCCUCACAACAUGGUCCUGCUUGUGACAGCUGCAAAUUUGGGUAACAUGAACCGAUCCUGCCACAGCGAAAAGCUACUUGGCUAUACGAAAACUGUCACAGAAGUCCUAGCUUUCCUGCACUGCUGCCUGAACCCUGUGCUCUAUGCUUUUAUUGGGCAGAAGUUCAGAAACUACUUUCUGAAGAUCAUGAAGGACCUGUGGUGUGUGAGAAGGAAGUACAAGUCCUCGGGCUUCUCCUGUGCGGGGAGGUACUCAGAAAACAUUUCCCGGCAGACCAGUGAGACCGCAGAUAACGACAAUGCGUCGUCCUUCACUAUGUGAUGGGAAGCUGAGUCUCCCUAAGGCAUGUGUGAAACAUACUCAUAGAUGUUAUGCAAAAAAAAGUCUAUGGCCAAAUAUGCAUGGAAAAUGUGGAAUUAAGCAAAAUCAAGCAAGCGUCUCUCUUGCAGAACUUAAUGUGCUCAUGGGCUGUGUGAUCUCUUCAGGGUGGGGUGGUCUCUGAUAGGCAGCAGCUUCCAGCACACUUUACAAGGAAUGUUUUGUAGCUCUGGGGUAUAUAUCUGCCCGGGCGUUUCACAAAACGGCCUUUGGGAAAUGCUGAAUUAAAGUGAAUUGUUGACAAAUGUAAA